UUUGGUUUGAAUCAACAACAGUCUGACGCGAAACGAUUCGUUGCGAGGCAUUUUUAUUUCAAGACAUAGAGAAUUGUCUUUUUUUAAAAUAAAGACUGCAAUAUUAUCGCAAAAGAUUGGCAGGGGAUUUUUUCCUCUUUGACAUUUAACACGUCAUAAACAUUGCAUUUCACAAUGAGCAUGUCGCUUACAAACGACUCGAUUUUAUCUCGCGAUGAUUUAUCUAACACUGAUAGAGAGCAAUCGGAAACGAAGUUCACCAAAAAAUUGUGGGUAGACAAGAAGCCUGCGCAGGUGCUGAAUGUUCUGAACCCAGAUGACUCGUUAAUGAAGAAAUUCCAAGAUGCCCUGCAGGAACAUCUUACCCGUGUUGACAAGAAGUUGAGCGAUGAAAUAUUAGAACUUGAAGCUCAGAUAAAAUCUAUCGAGAAGGAACGUGAAGCUAUAGGCUUGCAGCUGUAUAAUGCUCAGCAAGAAAUAACAAAGCAACAAAUGUCAAUUGAGAAAUACCAAAGCACGAUAGCCAAUGUGAUUUCACUGCGUGAAGAGAAAGAUGCAUAUGUGAAAGAUGCAAAGAAUUUUCACAAGAUCACUCAUGCUAAAUUGCUUGAUGAGAAAAAGAAAGAGGAGAGUCUGACUUAUGAAUUAGAACAAUUCACAGCUUUACAAGCGAGAUUCUCAGAAUGGCAGGCUGAGCUAGAAAGUAACUUGACUAUUUCCAAACAAGUAUCAAAGAAGGAUAGGAUAAUUCAGCAAGAACUGAUCACUCAGAAACAGCAGAAGGACUGUAUAAUAUAUAAACUCAUGGAGGAAGUAUGGAGAAUUAAAACUGAGAUAGCUAAUCUUGAUAUACAGUUGCAGCUAAAAAAUAAGGAAAAAAUUGAAAUAAGUCAGAUGAUCACCGAUGUUAACACCGAUUUGGAAGCAUUGCACAAACAACAUGUAAACUUGUGCAGUGCUUGGAACUCUGUCAUACUGAAUAUUACUAAGCGUAACAAAGUUUAUGAGCAAUUAAACACAGAACGCGAGAAAAUAUGCGAUUCUUUAAACACAUUACGCGCAGAAGUAGAGAAAUUAAAGAAAGACACUUUUAAAGAAGCGGAGAAUAAUGAGACUUUGACAUCGGUGCAUAUACGAAUAGAAGAUAACAUACAGACCAAUUCAAAACUGAUGGCGAUGGAAAAUGACAAACUUGACAACCUGCAAUCUGAGUUAGUAAAAUUAGGAAAAUUUAGUCAACAGGAACAAUAUGAAUUUGAUUUAAUUAAUGGCGAAUGGCAAUGUUUAUUAUACGAAGAGGGGGAAAUUGAUAAAGAAUUUGCUAAAUUUUUUAAUAAGCACAAUGAAUUGGAGAAUGUAAUAUACAGCAAAUUGGAGGAAAAAGUAACGCACGACAAAACAGCGCGAUAUUUGAAUAAAUUAUUACUAGAUUCUAAAGAGUCAACGCAAGAACAAGAAUCGUUGCUAAUGGAGGCUGAGAACUCAUACGGCAAGAAACUGUUGGAAUUGGAGCAACUCAAUUUGACCAUUCCUGAGGAAAAGUUGGAAUUUGAAGAACUUUUGCAAAACAAUGCUGCGAGAGGCAAAGAGAUAGACGAGAUCCAAAAAGAAAUCAAGAAACACGAAAUAAUAAUUGAAAGGAAGCAAGUAAAAAUCGUGACUUUGAAUAAAACCAUCGAAGAGAUGUUAUCACAUACGGGCGGUGAAGAAAUCAGUCCUUUCGACAUAAAGAUAAUCAGUUUGGAAAAGAAUAUUGAAGAGACGCGACAGAAUAAUCAGAAAGCUCAGCAAUACUGGAUUCGCCAGGAGGGACACAUGAUCACACUGAGUCAACAGAGAGAUUUACAAUUGCAGGAGCUCAAUCUUCUCAAUAAAGAAAUCAUGAUAAUGGAGCAGAAGAAUCUGAAGAUAGAGCAUGCCUUGGAAAUGCUGGAUAAAGAGGAAUCGAACAUGGAAAAAAUAUUGAAUCUAUUGCAACAGAGAUUGGUGCAGAUGAAUGCGCAGUUAGUCAUUCAGAGAAGCCUGAAAGAGGAAUUAGAAGACAAGAAUUUUAUCACAAAAAACGAGGGUGUACAAUCUCUCGAAGAUGCGGAAUUGGACCUGAUAAAGCUACAAAGCGAUCUGAAGCAGUUACACGAGGAUAAGGCACUUCUGAAGGGCGAUUUAGGCACAGCACAACAGGAGAGCUUGUCAUGGGAAAAGAAAAUGCAAUUAAUGCAAGAAACCAUAAAAAACUUGAGAGAUGAACGCAGUAACGGAGAUAUCGCGGUAAUGAAAAGUGAAAUUCACAAAAUGGAAAUGCGUCUGUCGCACUUGCGUAGAGCGCAAGAAAAAUUGAUACACGACAUGGAGUUUUGUGUCGCGCGUAGAGACGUUAUGUUAGACAAAGUUAUGGGUAAAUUUAAGAAAGAUCCGAAAGGCCAACAUAAUCAGAAAGUUAUAUUCUAUAAACGACUGGCUGAUCAAAAGUUGAAGAUUAAGCAAAUCAUGAAGGACACUAAAAAAAUUGAAAACAGAAUGCAGGAGCUGAAAAAUCAGAUAAGAGAUAUAGUGGAAAAGUGUGAUGAGUCACGUGCAACGUUGAAAACGAUAGAAGACGUUGUUCCCAGUGUAGAUCAGGAAAUUAUACAAACUGAGGCUAUUAAAUAUCAUAAUUUGCAAUCGUUAGUCUUUAAACAACGAAAAGCUAAAAUGCUCCAAGAUAUCAGAAGCGGCCGUUACAAGAUGUUGUUCAAGAGUGAAGUAACGUUGAACGAAGAAUUUCAAAAUGAACAGAUCCUUCAUGAUUACUUAAAAAAUGUAAUGGAACGAACUAGUCAAGAUUUCCCUUUAUUGAAAAAUAAUAUCCGAAAGAUACUUUUGACAUUGGAAAUAUUAUGAAAUUCCAACAGACGC